CACUUCUCUGCAUCAUCCACACAAUCUCCCUCAACUCUUCACAUUGUAGCUGGAGCGCCUUCCAGCACUGCGUUCAAGAUGACUUACCAACUCCCGCCGAUGCUGCUGAACCUGUUCGCCCCGCGGCCUCCGCUGCGCUGGGUUGAACCCAUUGACCACGCGCCGGAGAAGCGCUGCACGCCCAAGAUUGGCGGCGUUGGGCAGUACCUGCAGGCCAUGCGCGAGUACAAAGACAACGACAGAUACGUGCCGACGGACAGCUGGCUGCAGAAGCGCGACCGCAAGAAGAUUGAGAAAAAGGAGAAGCAGGAGAAGCUGCUGACCGAGGGCAUCAAGGACUACAAACCCAGCGAAGAUCCCAAAGUCCAGGGCGACGCCUUCAAGACACUGUUCGUGUCCCGUCUCGCAUACGGCGCGACCUCUGACGAUCUCGAACGCGAGUUCGGCCGUUAUGGACCCAUUGAACGGAUCCGAAUCGUCGAAGACACGACCGCCCCGCCCGACGCGCCGCCAAAGAAGAGAAAACGUGGCUAUGCUUUCAUCGUGUAUGAGCGCGAGAAGGACAUGAAGGCCGCCUACAAAGAAACAGAUGGCAUCAAAAUCAAGGACCGCCGUGUACUCGUUGAUGUUGAGCGCGGCCGCACAGUCUCUGGCUGGCGUCCACGCCGCUUCGGUGGAGGUCUUGGUGGCCGAGGCUACACUAAGGGCCCUUCCGCACGCCCAGGUGGUGCCGGAGGCUUUGGCGCGCCAGCUGGACCUGGUGGCUUUGGAGGUCGCGGCGGUUUCGGUGGUGGAUUUGGCGGCCGAGGAGGCGGUCGCGGCGGCUUUGGUGGAGGUGACCGUGGAGGCUUCCGAGGAGGACUCGGUGGCGGCCGCGGCGGCGGAGGUGGUUUCGGCGGAGGUCGUGGUGGUAUCGGCUACCAAGGCUCAAACGGCUAUGGCCCGCCCGAUGGUGCUCCUGCCGGUCCUCGAGGGCCACGAGGUGGGUUUGGCGGCAGCAGCAGUGGCUACGGCGGCGACCGUGGAGGCGACCGCUAUGGCGGCGGCGAUAGACGCGGAGGCGAUCGAGGAUCUAGCGGUGCCAACAAUGAACCGCUCGGCAGAGAUCGAUACAAUGACCGCGACCGUGGAGGCCGAGACAGCCAGGGCGGUCGGGACGACUCGCGGAAACGUGCGUACGAGGGCGACAGCUACGAUGACAGGAGCCAGCGCAGGAGGUACUAAGCCGGGAAGGUUCCGGGG